GAGAGCCACACCCCACAUACACCCACCGUACACCACAGCCGCCAGCCAGAGCCUCAUCUUCUUCCUUCUCCCCGUCCGUCCCCCAGCCCACCCCCAAUCCCCCAGCCCGACCACCACCAAUCAGCCGCCAUGGCUUCCGAUGGCACCGGCGUCGUGGCCCUCUACGGCGGGGGCAGCGGCAACAACAAGGUCAAGGUCGUCGACGCCUCCUCCAAGUCCCCAGCCGCCGCCACCUUCUCCGUCAAGGUCGGCCUGGCGCAGAUGCUGCGCGGCGGGGUCAUCAUGGACGUCGUCACUCCGGAGCAGGCGCGCGUCGCCGAGGAGGCUGGGGCCUGCGCCGUCAUGGCGCUGGAGCGGGUCCCCGCCGACAUCCGCGCGCAGGGGGGCGUGGCCCGCAUGUCCGACCCGGGCCUCAUCCGCGACAUCAAGCGCGCCGUCACCAUCCCGGUCAUGGCCAAGGCGCGCAUCGGCCACUUCGUCGAGGCCCAGAUCCUCGAGGCCAUCGGCGUCGACUACGUGGACGAGAGCGAGGUGCUCACCCCCGCCGACGACGCGCACCACAUCAACAAGCACAACUUCCGCGUCCCCUUCGUCUGCGGCUGCCGCGACCUCGGGGAGGCGCUGCGCCGCAUCCGCGAGGGCGCCGCCAUGAUCCGCACCAAGGGCGAGGCCGGCACGGGCAACGUCGUCGAGGCCGUGCGCCACGUCCGCUCCGUCAUGGGGGACGUCCGCGCGCUGCGCAACAUGGACGACGACGAGGUCUUCGCCUACGCCAAGCGCAUCGCCGCGCCCUACGACCUCGUCAUGCAGACCAAGCAGCUGGGCCGCCUCCCCGUCGUCCAGUUCGCCGCCGGGGGAGUCGCCACCCCCGCCGACGCGGCGCUCAUGAUGCAGCUCGGCUGCGACGGCGUCUUCGUCGGCUCGGGAAUCUUCAAGAGCGGCGACCCCGCGCGCCGCGCCCGCGCCAUCGUGCAGGCCGUCACGCACUACAGCGACCCGGAGAUCCUCGCCGACGUCAGCUCAGGGCUCGGGGAGGCAAUGGUCGGGAUCAACCUCUCCGACCCAAAAGUGGAGCGCUACGCCGCGCGCUCCGAGUAGCGCCUUCCAUCACCAUCACCCAGGUUGACGUUACAAGAAAAGAAACAAAACUCAAAUAAAAAUCUCUACCAUUCCUUUUCAACUAGUACUAUCUUGUCAUGCUUGUUUUCAAUGUGACAUGUCUCUUUAUGUUGGGAAGAAAGAAUCCACCUCACAUUGCAAUGCUAUGCCAUGCCAUGCCAUGCUAUGCAUUCUGUUCCCCCUAAAAAAGGACAUUGCUAUCAUCCUUUUGCAUCAUCGAGUUAUCUAUCAAUAUUCAAUCACCCUGUUCUUAAGUUGCUCCUGUCCCUCACCUGUUGUGCUCGUCCCUUGUUAGUAUAUAGUGGUACUUUGGGGAAUCUGGACUGGCUGCCCAGUAAUAAAUAAGAAUAUUUGAUCUGCUCA